AUGGGAAUAACCGUCCAAAACAUCACAGGAAACACGGCAAUGGUAAUUUGGCCAAAAAUGGCCAGUUGUGCCGACAGCUUUUACAGCGUCAUGUACCACCCUAACCGGAACAGCAUGCUAUCGAGUUACUCGAGAAAGAGCUUUCAGAAGGAAGAGAGAGUGCCCACCAGUCGCUCCUCCUUUAUUGUUGAAAACCUAACUCCACUGACAACAUACAUCGUGUGCGUGACCUGCCAGUCCGCAAACCCCUCCAGUGACCAGUGCAGAGUUUUUAACACGCUGGAACGAGACCCAGCAUCCGCAAGCAACACCAAGAAAGAGCUGGCGCUGGGCAUCUGGCUCGUCAGCAGCGUCCUGCUCCUCAUUAUCGCCGCAAUCCUCCUCUACGGCUGCCUGCACCUCCUGUGCCGCAGGAGACGCGAGAGUUUGCAAGGGCGAAACGGGACCUCCGAACAAGAUCACGGGAAGGCAUGGACCAAAAGCGUGGCAUACGCCUCGGCGGAGCUCGGCGGGCAGAGCCGACUGAUGCAGGACGCCGAGGAAAAGCAUCCGGGUGGCAUUCAGCUGGCCACAAUCAUAGAGAAUCCCUCAGCGUGCAAGGACCCCGUCACACUGACUUCCAAAAGCCGGGAACAAGUGCCAACGACAGGACAGUGCUCUGCUAUAAAUUAG